CCUUUAUGGCAAUUCUUCGAUGUAAAUUUUGAAAGAUGGCGCACGAAGCUCAAACUCGUGUUCAAACGGCGUUAAACAAUCUUCUUCAGGAUUUAGAUAAGUCUCAUCUUAGAAAAAUGCAAGGUGACAUGCAUAGAUGUGCUGCAAAGUGUUGCGAUUUAAAUACGGCAAGUAUGGAGGAAGUUCAUCAAUGCAUCCAAAACUGUUCUAAAAAUGUAUCGGUUGCACAAAGUUACGUUGAAAACGAGUUAACAAAUUAUCAGGGAAGAAUAGAACGUUGCGUACUACAAUGUAGGGACAACAUUCAAGACAAAAUGAGCACUUCGCCCUCCGAGAAAGACAUGAAAGCAUUCGAGUCUCAGUUUCACGACUGCAUCGGAAAGUGUGCCGACACACACGUCGAAUUGUUACCUACUCUACUCAAAAAGAUGAGAGAGAUGUUAAGUAAAGGAAAUUAUUCUUCGGAGACCAGCUAACACAGAGAGAAUAUUUAGAAAUUAAUUUUUUUUUUUUUUUAAU